CGCGCAGACGGCGGGGGUGGGAGGUCGGUUGCGGAGCGGAGACCUUCGCCGAGAGGGGGAACUUUCUCCACACACACACACACACUUCAGUUUUCCUGGUGCGCAGGCGCGUAGCAGGAGGCCGUUGCUCCGGGCGACCUGACGGCCGGCCUUCUCCUCAGGAAAAGCUGAGGGGAGGGAGGAUGUGGCGGCGGCGGCGGCGAAUCCCGGCGUCGCCCGCCAGGCGCUGAGAGGGAGAGAGCGCGCGCGAGGAAAAAAAGGCCCAUGGCGGAGUUCCUGCCGGUGCCCGGGCUGUUCCUUCGGGAGGAGCCGCUUCCCGGGCCGGAUGCGUCCGAGACGGAGGCCGAGCUGUCCCUCAGCCUGGCGCGCACCAAGACCCGCUCGUACGGCAGCACGGCCACCGUGGCGGCGCCGCUGGCCGAGCGCUACGUGGAGCACCGCAUCAGCGCCUGCGACACCCUGCAAGGCAUCGCGCUCAAGUACGGCGUGACGGUAGGUGAUGGCCGCGCUCGGCUGGGCCGGCAGGGUCGCUGGCUUCCCUGCCCAGGGUCGGCGUCCUUGCUGUGGAUGGAGCAAAUUAAAAGGGCAAAUAAACUGUUCACCAAUGACUGUAUAUUUCUGAGAAAAACAUUGAAUAUCCCUGUUAUAUCUGAGAAGCCUUUGCUGUUUAAUGGACUUAACUCAUUGGAGUCUCCAGAGAAUGAAGCUGACACCCCCUCUUCUUGUGAAGAUGGACCAGUGACAGUUCAGGAAGACAACUCUUCACCCAGUCCUCAAGAGCCUGACAAUCAUCUCCCUCCACCUGAAGAAUUAUCUGCCAAAGAUUUUCUACAUAGACUGGACUUGCAGAUUAAGAUGUCCAAGCAGGCAGCUCGGAAACUAAAACCUGAAGAUAACAGGGAGGACGAUGAGGAAAACUCCUAUGCAACUUCUUCUUAUCAGCAGCAGUAGAAGAUGACUGAAGAGCUGGAAUCAAAACUGUUCUUAAAGAACUAAAUAUCUGAGGAUUCAAAAGCAAACCUUUUGGAUUGAUUUAUUAUCGUGUACUUGUUACAAGUCGUAUAUAGGUAAUUCCACUAACUAUACUUGCACUAAAAUUAUUUGACCUUCGCCUUCUGCAGGCCAAUGUCAUUUUACUAUACAUUAAUAAAGGAAGUGAUCCUUCCAAAACUAGUAAUUGCCUUCGUAUUUCUGCUUUGAAAAUAUAUCCCUGAGACAACUCUGAAUCAGGAUCGUUAGGAAACAGCUGUAUAUACUUAUAAGAUAAAGUGUAAGGAAGAUUAAGUAUUUAUGAUGAAAGUCAUUAUUAUGGAGCCUUGAGAUAGAUAAGCCUGUCAUGCAGAUUUUGUGCAUAUCGGAGCUGACGGAUACAGCUCUGAAUAUUUUUUUCUCCAUGUGUGUGUACAUGUGUCUUUAUACAGAUAUAAAAAUAUAUAUAGAAAGAUAUUUGUUCUUAAAAUGUACCAGUUUUAACUGUUUUGGAAAUCAGUUGAGAUUUUAAAGUAUGUAUGGCACAAUACCUUGCUCGGAGACUUUUUUAAACAAAGGGAAGAACCUUGGUAAAAAUGUAUUUUUCUUUGUGUCAGGGUAAUGUUCAAAACAUAGAUACUUGUGUGCAGAUAUAUGUAGUUUUCAUGUAAUAAAUGCAAAAUGCACUUUAAGAAUGUGAACUGUCUUUGUUUUUCAGCCUAUCUGUAUAGAAAAUACAGAAUGUCUGGUGCUUUGCAAAUACAUUUCAAAAAUAUGCUUUUCUGUUUCAUUUGAGUGUAUUAAAAUUUCCAAAGCUGUCAAA